CAGAAAUGGAAAUAUUACAGAUUCGUGGAUGGUGAAUAAUGAGCAGAUAGUUGCAUUCAGAGGAUGCUGUUACUUUGGACAUAAACACCUUCAGUAAUAGAAAUGUGGAAUAAGAAAUUUGCUGUUUAAGCUUUCAUAAAGAUUGUAGCUCUGUCGGGGAGCGGUGUUUCCAGAGCAGAGCAAAUAAACUGGUAUGACCAAAAUCAGUCUAAGGAAAGGCUAGAUUGGGAGAAAUCCGUUUAUUGCUCACGGUGAGGCCUGGCUCCGUCCUUCCCCCUCUGGCCGCCACUCUGGCUCGCUGUCCAUCCAGCCACGCGCUCCCGCUUCCCCGCCUGCCCUUCCCGGAUGAGCUCCGUGGGCGGAUCCGCGGCGACUGAGAGGCGCCAGACCAAUCAGGCUACAGAGGGGAGGAGAGAACAGCCUAUCUCAGCCCCUCUACCUCUCUUCCCAGAGGCUGCGAGAAGAAACACCUAUUGAUAUGCUAUUAGCAAAAGAUGGUGGAUCGCUUGGCAAACAGUGAAGCAAAUACUAGACGUAUAAACAUAGUAGAAAACUGUUUUGGAGCAGCUGGUCAACCCUUAACUAUACCUGGAAGGGUUCUUAUUGGAGAAGGAGUACUGACUAAGUUGUGCAGAAAAAAGCCCAAAGCAAGGCAGUUUUUCUUAUUUAAUGAUAUUCUUGUAUAUGGCAAUAUUGUCAUCCAAAAGAAAAAAUAUAACAAGCAACAUAUUAUUCCCCUGGAAAAUGUCACUAUUGAUUCUAUCAAAGAUGAGGGAGACUUGAGGAAUGGAUGGCUUAUCAAGACACCAACCAAAUCAUUUGCAGUUUAUGCUGCCACUGCCACUGAGAAAUCGGAAUGGAUGAAUCAUAUAAAUAAAUGUGUUACUGACUUACUCUGCAAAAGCGGGAAGACACCCAGUAAUGAGCAUGCUGCUGUCUGGGUUCCCGACUCUGAGGCGACUGUAUGUAUGCGUUGUCAGAAAGCAAAAUUCACACCUGUUAAUCGUCGUCACCAUUGCCGCAAAUGUGGUUUUGUUGUCUGUGGGCCCUGCUCUGAAAAGAGAUUUCUUCUUCCCAGUCAGUCCUCUAAGCCUGUGCGGAUUUGUGACUUCUGCUAUGACCUGCUUUCUACUGGGGACAUGGCCACGUGCCAGCCUACUCGAUCGGAUUCAUACAGUCAGUCUCUGAAGUCUCCUUUAAAUGAUGCUUCUGAUGAUGAUGACGAUGAUGACAGCAGUGACUAAGGACAUAUUUUGAAAUAUUUAAUAGGGUGUGACUGAGAGAAAUCAGCUCUGGGGGGAUGUAAAAUUCUGAGUGUUCUCUCUCAAUCUUGCUGUAGCCAUGAAUUUGCCUGAGAAAUUUUAACCUAUGUGCCUCAAUAUCUCAAUAUAUUCUACAGAAAAUAGGUCCCAUCGUCCCUUCCCACUUCUGAACUCCCCACUCUUCUACAGGGUUAGACUAUUGCAAAUAUAUCAGAUAAAUUUUUGGUUUCUUAUUCUUGUUACAUCAUAGAUUAUUUUCUUUGAAGUUUGAGAAAAAAUGUUUAACAGAUCAUAUACAUUGUUGCUUAUUAUAUGUUCUGUUAUAUGGAAAAACAUAGAGGCAAAGAACUGUGGAAAAGGGAGUAUAAUGUGGUUAGUUGAUAAUACUAGCUUUUUUCUAAAUAUCCUAUCUAAUGAUUAAGACACCAGUAACAAAAAUAGAUGAUUUGGAAAUACUUUGACUUUCUCAUUUACCGAGUUGUGGGUACCUUAUAACAGCACUGUUAAUGAAAUAAGCCCCUACCUUCUCACUUUUUAGUUUAUUUUUAAAAUACACUGGUGCUCUCUGAGGUGAUAAAAUGAAUGUUUAUGAAUGGGUAGCAUUAGAAAAAUAGUUCUCAUCUGACAGCCACAAACAACUAAAUUUAGAGGUUCUUCAUUCUAUAUGAGUAAAUAUUUUUACGUAAAAUAGUUGUGAUUAUAUUUUUGUGUUUUAUAGGUACCACAUUACAAUGGUCAAAUAUGUAUUUUAAAUUAAUAGGUUGUCAUUCGUAAGAAUUUGAUUUGAAAUUGAUCAAGUAUAGAAUUGUCAUAUCGCACUAGUUUCUGCUUGUAGUAAAACACAUUAGGUAUAAAUUCAUCUGCUUUAACAUUAAUUAUUUCUAUAAUGAAAAAUCUUAUAAAACCCUUAAAUUAAUCUCUUAAAAAAAAUCCCAUGAUAGAGCACAGAUCACUUGGGCUAAAGAUUUGAAAGAAAUAAUGUAUAAUAAUGGUUAAGACAGACAAGUUUGACUCUAUAUUUGUGGACUUAUUGUCUGUAUCAGUGUGAAACUAUGUUGAAUUUACAAUAUAGUGUUAUAUUUUAUAAAGUUUUAUAAAAUCUCAAACAAUAUUUCUAUUUUUAUAAAACAAUGGUAUGUUUAAUCUUUCUGAAAUUUGCAAUCUAUGGAAAUAGAUUAGCAACUGAUCUUUCUAAAUUGUGAACUUCAUUGAGUCCGUCUAGAUUGCUUUUGAGAAGUAAUUUUUCACUCUUUGCUUUUGAGGCAGCCAUUAGUUUGAAAGUAUAUCAUAUAAAACUUGAUGCAUUUUGCACUAUUCUCUUCAUUUGUAUGCUGCAAAUAACUAGUCUUUCAAGUAUGAAAAAUCAUUCUGAAGUUUUUUUUUAAUUCUAAAUUUUUUUUGUUUUUAAAUCUUUAAAUUUGGAUGUAUUGCAAAUGUCAUGAGAGGUUUGAUUCAGUAACUUCAAUGGAGCCUUCUUUGGUUUGGUUAAGGCUCCAGCUUUACUAUUAAAUUGUGAGAAUAUCUGAGACAUAUAGAUCUCCCUGCAGGAGAUGUGAAAGAAAGGCACAACAGGUUUUGUUUGUUUGUUUUAAUAGCAGAUGUGCUUUUCUUUCCAAGCAAUAUAUGCAUAUAAUCAACCAACAUAUCUGAAAAGGACCAUGAAACCUGACAAGUGCUAAUGGACACUUGCUGGUACAUAGGAACCUAGCAAAUUCAGAAAUCAAGGGGACGGACAUGUUCUGAGGUAACAUUUGCAUUGUCAACCUCUAUUGACUCUGUUUUUACAAUAAAAAAUAUUUUAAAACUUA